GAGGGACGUAUCUAGAUGUAUUUUAGUUCUAGAUACAUCCCCUUUUAUCCAUUUUGAUGACAAGUAUUUUCGGACGGAGGGAGUACUUGUAGAAGCCCUGAAGUUUCUCCAGGUCUCAAGUAAAGACUACAAUUUUAAAACAGAUCAACUCAAAUCAAUUCGUCAAGAUAUGACUAUCCAGAACAUAGAGGAUGAACUUUCUGUGCAGGUUUAUGAGUAUCAUGCAAGACUUGCGUUGUGCAAUCAAGAUAUGGCUGAACUUAACUUGUGCCUCACGAAGCUGCACUGCCUCUACGGGAAUAAGCGGAAUGGUGGCCAUCAGGGUGAAUUUGCAGCUUAUGAUAUAUUACUGUCUGCGAUUCAAGAUAAAAAUACUGAACUGAUGUCGAAACUAGGAAGGCUGUCAAGCGACUUGAAACAGCAAGAAGCCGUGAAGCAUGCCAAAGAAGUGGCACACAGUAUACAGACAAGAAAUUAUGCAUCAUUUUUCAAACUCUACAAGGUGGCUCCAAACCUCAAUGGCUACCUGAUGGGUAUCUGCUUUGAGAAGAUGAGAUUUGAAGGUUUAAAAUGCAUGGCAAAGGCCUACGCAACCAAGAUACCUGUCAAAUACAUAUCCAAAAUCUUAGGUUUUGCUGCAAUUGACGAAAGUGCCAAUUGGCUUAAAAGUCAUGGUGCUGUUUUAUCAUCCUUCGAGAAUGGGGAGAUGGCUUUACUGCCAAAGGACUCUACAGCUCUCAUCUCUACACCAGUUGUUCCUGCUGAUGGUAUUCGUGCUUUCCAAGCCCGCUGAUCUGAUCCGCCGUUCGAAGUGAAGAAUCACUGAUCGAAGCUCCUCUGCUCAAGAAUGGUGCUUGAUAACGCUGAAACGACGUAGCUCUUGGUGAACUCAUCACUUGUUGUAUGUCCUCCCUGAUGUUACUACAGAAACUUAGCUUGGCUCCUGUUGGUUGGCUCAGUAGCUUAGCUAGAACAGAUUGAUUUCUUUUUUCAGCUCUUGGAUCUGCCAUUGCGGCUUGCAUGUGGUUGAGCAAGAAUAUGGGUCCCCAUGUAGUAACAUUGUUCAUAUGUGAAGUAGUUGUCGUGGUAA